AUCCUGGGAUCUUCCUGAGCCGAGCUCGCGGUGCCCGGCCGCAAUUCCCAGCGGGAAUUCCCGAUUUUCCGGCCGGCGCGGGGAUUUCAGGGAGGUUUCCCCUCGCCGUGGACCACCAGGGGUCGGCAGAAUUCCGCCUCGGUGGCAUUCCCGGGGAACCUCUCCAUCCAAAGGAACCCCCCAAGCCCUGGCCCGGGGAUGGUGCCAACAUGAGGAGGUGCUGCCAGGGCAUGGGGCUGCCAUGCCUGUUUAAGGGCGUGGGCACGGCCGGCCCGCGGCCUCCCCGUUUCCUGCUGGUGUUCGACUUCGACGAGACCAUCGUGGACGAGAACAGCGACGACUCGGUGGCGCGGGGCCGGGCGCUGCCGGAGCCGCUGCGGCAGAGCCCGCGCGGCGGCUCCUACAACGAGCACAUGCGGCGCGUGCUGGCCUUCCUGGGCGAGCAGGGCGUGCGCCCCGCCGAGCUCAGGGCCGUCUACGAGAACAUCCCGCUGUCCCCCGGCAUGGCCGAGCUCUUCCAGCUCCUCUCCAAGCAGCAGGAGCUCUUCGAGCUGGUGCUCAUCUCCGACGCCAACACCUUCGGCAUCGAGGCCAAGCUGCGCGCGGCCGGCGUGCGCUCGCUCUUCCGCAAGGUCUUCAGCAACCCGGCCGGCUUCGACCGCCGCGGCGUGCUCACGCUGGGGCCCUACCACAGCCACAAGUGCCCGCGGUGCCCGGCCAACAUGUGCAAGAGGAAGAUCCUGGCGGAGUACCUGGCCGAGCGGGCGCGCGAGGACGUGGAGUUCCAGCGCGUCUUCUACGUGGGGGACGGCGCCAACGACUUCUGCCCCGCCGGGGCUCUGAGGGCGGCCGACGUGGCUUUCCCCAGGAAGGGCUACCCCAUGCACAGGCUGAUCCAGGAGAGCCAGGAGAAGCAGCCCGGGGCCUUCCCGGCCGCCGUGGUGCCCUGGGAGUCGGCGGCGGAGGUGGCGCGGUACCUGCAGGAGCUGCUCCGCAGGAAGUGCUGAGCACCUGCCGGGAUGUUCUCCUGCCUUUCCCAGCCCGUUCCUGGCCAGGGAAGCAUUUUCUGCAGGCCCCUGGUCCUGCCCGGCCACGGAGCCACGGCCACAGCCGGCCCCCGCGCCCUUUGGGACCGGACGGGGAUGUUUGGGGGAGUUGUUGCUUCCUUUUCCUUUUGAUCUCGAAAGAGAAUUCCCAAAAAUGCAGCAGCCAGCUUCCCGCGGGCUGGGCACGUC